AUGACUGAGGCCAUGGCAUCUUCAACAAACUUAGAUGUUGGGGCCCAGUUAAUUGUAGAAGAAUGUGCCACUAGCUACAGCCUUUCACCCAUGCCAGACAUUAAAGUGGAGCAUCAGCUUGACUCUAGCACAGAGGAAGGCCCAGCUCAGAGUGUUGCCAUGGGAAUGAAAUUCAUUUUGCCAAAUAGAUUUGAUAUGAACGUUUGCUCACGAUUUGUGAAAUCUUUGAACGAGGAGGACAGUAAAAAUAUUCAAGACCAAGUUAACUCUGACCUUGAAGUGGCAUCCGUCUUAUUUAAAGCUGAAUGCAACAUCCACACUUCUCCUUCCCCCGGUAUCCAAGUAAGACAUGUUUAUACUCCAUCAACUACUAAGCAUUUCUCACCAAUAAAACAAUCAACUACCCUCACUAACAAACACAGGGGAAAUGAAGUCUCUACUACACCUCUGCUUGUGAACUCUUUGUCAGUUCAUCAGCUGGCUGCUCAAGGAGAAAUGUUGUACCUGGCCACACGUAUUGAACAAGAAAAUGUAAUCAAUCAUAAGGAUGAAGAAGGAUUUACCCCUCUAAUGUGGGCUGCAGCUCAUGGACAGAUAGCAGUGGUGGAAUUUCUCCUUCAGAAUGGUGCAGAUCCCCAGAUUUUGGGAAAAGGGCGAGAAAGUGCCCUCUCACUGGCUUGCAGUAAAGGAUACACAGAUAUUGUCAAAAUGCUACUUGACUGUGGAGUUGAUGUCAAUGAAUAUGACUGGAAUGGAGGCACACCUCUACUGUAUGCAGUACAUGGGAAUCAUGUGAAGUGCGUAAAAAUUCUCCUUGAAAGUGGUGCUGAUCCAACUAUUGAAACAGAUGCUGGCUGUAAUUCCAUGGAUUUGGCUGUAGCCUUGGGCUAUCGGAGUGUUCAACAGGUUAUUGAGUCUCAUUUAUUAAGGCUACUUCAAAAUAUCAAGGAAUAA